AUGUUUCGUCAAUCUCUCAGGAGGUGCGCUCGCAUCAGCGGCGCAACCUUUGCCGCCCCGGCUCUCCGAACGACCACCAGACCUGCCACCCUUCAGACGAUUGCGAAGUCUUCGCCCAGCGCGCUUCGCGUGCCCCUUAGCAUUCAUGCAUUCAGACUCUACUCUAGCGAGGCCGCCGACGCUGCGGCCGCGCCGGUCGCCGAGGAUGAAGGAAAGGCCUCUGGUCUGACGACCAAGUUCGCCGAUUUGACCAAGUUGGACGUCCACACUACCCUUGUCGACACCAUCACGCAGAGGAUGCGGUACGAGGACAUGACGGAUGUCCAGAGCAAGACCAUCGAACCCGCGCUGAAGGGCAUGGACCUGGUCGCCCAAGCAAAGACAGGUACCGGAAAGACCCUGGCGUUCCUCAUUCCCAUCGUGCAGAGAAUGCUUGCGGCGGACCCGUCGCUCGCGACCAGAAGAGCGCGGUACCAAGCCAGCUCCAAGGACAUUCGUGGAAUCAUCAUCUCUCCUACACGUGAGCUUGCCGAGCAAAUCGCCAUCGAAGCCGAGAAGCUGUGCGCGAACACGGGCCUGGUCGUCCAGCGCGCCGUCGGUGGAACACGAAAGGGCGAGAUGCUGCAUAAGACCCGUAGAGAAGGUUGCCACUUGCUUGUUGGUACGCCCGGACGUCUCAACGACCUUCUCGAGGAUCCCUACAGCGGAAUCGAGGCCCCCAACCUGGCUGCGAUUGUCCUCGAUGAGGCCGACCGCAUGCUUGACGUCGGGUUCGAGAGGGAGCUGCAGUCUAUUGUCGACCAGCUGCCCGACGUCCGCACUUCUAACCGCCAGACUCUGCUCUUCUCUGCCACCAUCCCCAAGAACGUCAUCGCUCUUGCCCGCCAAUGGGUUCGCCCCGACAACUUUGACUUCAUCCAGACCAUCGAUAAGGACGACGUUCUCACCCACGACAGAGUUGAUCAGCACGUUGUUCACUGCAGAGGCUGGGCCAACGUCUUCCCUGCCAUGUACGAGCUUAUCGACAAGGAAAUCGCGAAGAGAACGGCCGAUCGGGAAAUGAUGCCCUUCAAGGCCCUCGUGUUCUUGCCCACGUCGGCUCUGGUCGAUCUUGUCGGCGAUGUUGAUAUUUCGAUGAGAGGGGAUCGCGAUCGCGUCCAGGGCUGGAGAAUCCACUCCAAGCUCACCCAGGCCCAGCGUACGAAGUCUGCAGAGUUGUUCCGCAAGGCCAGGUCCGGUAUCCUGUUCUCCACCGACGUUACUGCCAGAGGUCUCGAUUUCCCCAACGUCACCCACGUUAUCCAGAUCGGCGCUACCUCGGACCGUGAGCAGUACAUCCACAGACUUGGCCGCACGGCUCGCGCUGGCAAGGAGGGUGAGGGAUGGAUAUUCCUCUCUGAUAGCGAAAUGGAGACUGCCCGCCGGGAACUUCAAGGCCUUCCCUUGAAGCCCAACAAGACGAUCGAGUGUGCCCAGCACGACUUCACCAGCGGAGCCGAGCCCACAGCGCUGUGCAAGAAGGUGACCGAGGCUUCUUCUCGGGUUGACCCUCAAGUCUUGGAAGUUGCCUACCUGUCUAUGUUUGGCCAGAACCGCGACAACGUCCAGGCCAAGGUUGACGAGCUCCGCGAGUGGUGGAUCGAUGCCAUGGAGCAAGACGACACGCCCGCCUUGAGUGCUUCCACUGUCGAGAAGCGUGGUCUGCGCAGAAUCAAGGGUCUCAACGUCAGACAACCUGGCUCCAGGUACGGUAGCGACAGCGGCGACCGUGGAGGCUUCAGCCGUGGUGGUGACCGCGGCGAUCGCGGUGGCUUCAGCCGUGGUGGUGACCGCGGCGACCGCGGUGGCUUCAGCCGUCGCGAGCCCCGUGACGCUUUUGAGAAGAUGGAGAUGGACGGCUCCAGCUCUGACCGCCGCUCAGGUGGUUUCAGCCGGGGUGGCGGCCGCGACGGCGGACGUGGCUUCGGUGGAAGAGACCGUCAGCAGAGAUCCUCUUUCUAA